AUGGCAUCUACAGACGAUAAUAAGCCACCGACUGCUUCGGACUUUGCGAAGGAUGCUGAGCCGCAAUUUGACCCAACUGCCCGAACACGCAAUUGGUUUUCCAUCCUUCUUGGUACAAUGCCUCCAUCCCACCAGAUCCUCUAUCGCGAAGACCAAUACGCCCGCCACGAGAAGCGCGACUGCGACAAAUGUGAAGAAUGGCGAGAUUAUAACUUAAAAUAUUCGCCGAUUGUCAUAUUCAUGCAAAAGAACAUCCGUGAUCUAAACGGAAAGCUCGAUGCAGAUAAUAUACGUUGCAGGAGAUGUCCCACACGAAUCACAGAAGAUGGGAAAAUGGUGAGGCAGGGUGGAGGAUUCAGCCCUGAGCAUGGAAUUCAAUUAUGUGCGAAUGAAAUGAGGGAUAGUAAACAUGUGGAGGAUACGUUAGCACAUGAAAUGGUUCAUGCGUGGGAUCAUCUAAGAUGGAAGGUGGACUGGGGGGAUCUGCGACAUGCAGCUUGUUCGGAGAUCAGAGCAGCAAGCCUGAGUGGAGAAUGUAGAUGGACGAGAGAGUUCUGGACGAGGAAUAAUUACAGGGUAACACAACAACAUCAGGAAUGCGUCCGCAGGAGAGCAGUCAAGUCAGUGUUGGCUAGACCAUGGUGUAAGGACGAUGUUCAAGCCGUGAAGGUAGUAAAUGAGGUUUGGGAUUCGUGUUAUUCGGAUACUCGACCCUUUGACGAGAUCUACAAGUGA